AUGAGGGUGGCGCUGGGCGUACUCUGGCUCCUGGCCCUCAGGCCCCCGCCCCAGGCCUGGAGCUCCUGUCCGCCUCGGUGCAGCUGCAGCCUCCAGGUGCUGGGCGAAGGUGGCAUGGCCCGGACCGUGCUGUGCAACGACCCGGACAUGAUCCUGCCCCCCGCGGCUGUGCCGCCCGACACCCGCCGGCUGCGCCUGGAGCGCACGGCCAUGCGCCGCGUGCCCGCCGCCGCCUUCGCUGCGCUGCGCCGCCUGGAGCAGCUCUGGCUGCCGCACAACGCGCUGCGUCGGCUGGGCGCGCGGCCGCUGCGGGGCCUGGGCCGCCUGCGGGAGCUGCGCCUGCCUGGCAACCGCCUGGCCGCCUUCCCCUGGGCCGCGCUGGGCGACGCGCCGCGCCUGCGGCUGCUGGACCUGCAGGCCAACAGGUUGGCCGCCGUGCCGCCCGGCGCCGCGCGCUUCCUGCGUGCCCUGGCCUUCCUGGACCUCUCCAGCAACCGGCUGCUGCGGCUGCCGCCCGCGCUGCUGGCCGCCUGGGGCCCGCGGCCCGCCGCGCACCCGCCCCCGGGCCGCCCUGGGCUGGUCCUAGGGCUGCAAGACAACCCCUGGGUGUGCGACUGCCGACUCCACGAGCUGGUCCACUUCCUGGAUGGCGAGGCCCCGCACCUGGCCCUCAUAGAGGCUGGGCUGCGGUGUGCGGGCCCGGGGGGCCUGGCCGGCAUGGCCUUCAGCCAGCUGCAGCUGAGGAGGUGCCAGGGACCCGAGCUGCAGCCAGCCGUGGCCAGCGUCAGGUCUCCCUUGGGCAGCACAGUGUUGCUUCGUUGUGGGGCCACUGGCGUCCCUGAGCCCCAGAUGAGCUGGAGGAGGGUCAGUGGGCGCCCACUCAACGGCACAGUGCACCAGCAGGUCUCCAGGGAUGGCACCAGCUGGGCACUGCUGGGCCUGCCCGCCGUGUCCCACCUUGACGCCGGGGACUACGUCUGCCAGGCCAGCAACUUCCUGGGCGCCUCCGAGACCCUCACCUCCCUGGUCAUCGCUGAGCCCCAGGCUUCCACCGAGCACAGCGGGAGUCCGGGGGUCCCCCGGGCAAGGACAGGCAAGGGGCCGGGAGCAGCUGUGUACAACAGGCUGGUAGCCCGGCGUGCGCCCCCCACGCCCGGGCCUGCAGGGCCCAGCACGGAGGAGGUUGGGCCGACCGGACCCCAGGAGGCCCGGACAGUGAUGGCGCUCAAGGUGGUGGGGGACACGCGCCAGAGCGUGACGCUGGUGUGGAAGGCGCCGCGGGCCGGCGGCGUGGCCCUCAGCGUCCUGUACGCCGCCCUCGGGCAGCGGGCCAUGCGGCGGGUGGCUGUGCCGCCCGGGAGGACCAGGGUCACCCUCCGGGGGCUGGUGCCCGAGACCAAGUACGUGGCCUGUGUGUGCGCAUGGGGCCUGGCGCCCCGCAAGGAGCAGUGUGUUGUCUUCUCCCCCGACGAGGUGGCGGGCGCCGAGGCCACUCAGCGGCUCAUCAACGCGGUGGUGGCCAGCGUGGCCGCGGUCAUCGCACUGCCUCUCACGCUGCUCGUGGGCUGCGGGGCCCUCCGCAGGCGCUGCCGCCGCGGCUCUGCCCAGGCCCCCAGCACCUACCUCAGCCUGGACGCGCUGAGCCUCGGCCUGGGCGAGGACUCGGGGGCGCGGCCCCAGCCCAGCCUCAGUGAGGCCAACGGGCUCCUGUCCAUCCGCGCUGGCUCCAGCCUGGACUCUGCGCCUGGAGGCGCCAGCGGGGGUGGGUGGGCAGGCGAGUACUUGUGCUGA